GGGCCUGGCGGCGGUGACGCCCUCGCCCGGCCUGGGCCUGCCCGGACGCCGCAGGGGCCGCUGCGCUGAGCCGGGGCCUCUCCUCCAGCCGGGCCAGCGGGCGGCGGCACCUGACCGGAAGCCUCAGUGGGAUGCGGCUGCCGCGGAAGCCACUCUGCUUGUUUCUCAUCGCCCUGUACGGCCUCUUCUCGCUCUACGCCGCCUACCACGUCUUCUUCGGGCGUCGCCGCGGAGCGCCGGCCGCUUCUUCGCGGGGGCUCAGGAAGGGGGCGGCCCCGGCGCGGGAGAGGCGCGGCCGAGAUCAGUCUACUUUGCGAAGUGAAGAAUGGAAUCCUUGGGAAGUAGAUGAAAAAAAUGAGCAACGACACAGAUUUAAAACUAGCCUUCAAAUAUUAAAUAAACCCACAAAAGGGAAAACAGACUUCCGUGUACAAAUUUGGGGCAAAGCUGCCAUUGGUUUGUAUCUCUGGGAGCAUAUUUUUGAAGGCUCUCUUGAUCCUGCUGAUGUGACUGCUCAGUGGAGAGAAGGAAACACCAUUGUGGGAAGAACGCAUUACAGCUUCAUCACUGGUCCAGGUGUAGUCCCAGGGUACUUCUCUGUUGAUGUGAAUAAUGUGGUCCUCAUUUUAAAUGGAAGAGAAAAAGCGAAAGUCUUUUAUGCCACCCAGUGGCUACUUUAUGCACAAAAUUUAGUGCAAACUCAACAACUCCAGCACCUGGCAGUUGUUUUGCUCGGAAGCGAGCAGUGCAGUAAUGAGUGGAUAAGCCGCUUCCUCAGGAGGAACGGAGGCUCCGUGGAGCUGCUCUUCCUGGUGUAUGACAGCCCCUGGGUUAAUGACGUGGACGUUUUUCAAUGGCCUUUAGGAGUAGCGACUUACAGGAACUUCCCUGUGGUGGAGGCAAGUUGGUCAAUGCUGCACAAUGAAAGGCCCUACUUAUGUAAUUUCUUAGGAACUGUUUAUGAAAAUUCAUCCAGACAAGCACUAAUGAACAUUUUGAAACAAGAUGGGAAUGAUAAGCUUUGUUGGGUUUCAGCAAGAGAACAGUGGCAACCUCAGGAAACAAACGAAAGCCUUAAGAGCUAUCAGGAUGCCCUGCUGCAGAGUGACCUCACGCUGUGCCCAGCGGGGGUGAACACGGAGUGUUACAGAAUCUAUGAGGCGUGCUCCUAUGGCUCCGUGCCCGUGGUGGAGGACGUCAUGACAGCGGGCAGCUGUGGAAACACCUCCGUUCACCACAGUGCUCCUCUGCAGUUACUCAAGUCCAUGGACGCACCCUUUAUCUUUAUUAAGAGCUGGAAGGAACUUCCUGCUAUUUUAGAAAAAGAGAAAACUGUAAUUUUACAAGAAAAGAUUCAGAGAAGGAAAAUGUUACUUCACUGGUAUCAAAACUUCAAAACAGAGCUAAAAAUGAGAUUUACUAAUAUUUUAGAAAGUUCAUUUUUAAUGAACAAUAAAGGUUGAUUGUUAAUUA